AGAUGAGUGCCUUGUAAAUAUAAUCUAGUCUACGGUUUACGAAUCUGAGGUAGAUGAUGAUGGAUGAGUCAAUAGAACGCGCGAGAUGCGAGGAACUAGCGAAAUCUUCGUCCUUCUACCGGAAAGUUUACUCGGAGAUAGAGGAAGUUGGAUGGGAAUCACUAAGGAGGCUAGGUGGAGAUUUAACGCUUUUCAGCUUUCACAUUCUAGAUAAUAAGGGAAGAACACACAUCUUAGAACUUCAACUCGAUAGGGACUAUCCUAAAUGCCCACCUUCCCUUUCCUCGGAUGUGCCAUACAUGUUUACUUUAGAAUGGUCAACGACCUCAAGGCUGAAGGAUGUGAUGCACCAGUUCCAAAAGCAUUUGAACAACCUUCAAGAAUUUUGGUCUGUCUUGGAUGAUAUCGACAAGUCUCUUUGUGUUGUUGAUGCUAAGCAGCCAUCUCGUGCUUCUCCUCUCCGUCGGAUUCAUGCUGGGAAGGAUUGCAAUAUCAUUGCUCAUAUCAACUUCAACGACCCUAAAUCUCUACCAGAGUGCCGUUUUGUUGGUACUGAGCCUAUAGCUGUGAACACCUUGCAUAUGCUAUGGAGAAGAAAUAGCAAAAAAUGGUCAAAGGAAAAAUCAUUCCCUGAGAACCUCGAAUGUAUUCUAGCUACUGAGCUUCCAAAGCCUCUAGGUCUCCAAGUGGAAGAUGAUCCUCAGCAAGUUGAAUGCGGGAUUUGCUAUGCCCAGUUUCUACCAACCGAUGAGGAGCUCGGAGCUAGAAGUGGGACGCGAACAGACUACACAUGCGAAAACAUCAGUUGCAACAAGUCUUUCCAUAGCCUUUGCCUCACCGACUGGUUAAGGUCUAUCACAACAACAAGACAGUCAUUUGAUGUUCUAUUUGGGAACUGCCCUUACUGUUCAGACCCGGUCGCAGUCAAAAUCAACAACAUGAACAAAAUAGAUUAGAUAAAUCAUCACCAUAGUCCCAAACCCAUUCUUCCUAGUUAUGAUUUUGAAUGCUCUAAUGAAACAUGAUAUAAAGUGAGAGUUGGUACAAUGAGUGAUGAGCGAUGAGCAGUGAGGACAAAACUCCCUUUUUCACUGUUUUCAUUAUGUACUGUUUUAAGAUAGAACUCAUGUAGCUUUUCCAAUAGGAAAUGUGAAUGUACCCUCAUUUUUUUUC